AUGGGAGUAUCAGAUCCAUAUGAAAACAACAAGAAACGCUCCAGAAACUCCUCGGACUCAGCGCCAGAUGAAAGAACACCACUCCUUGCUGACGGCCGUUCCAGCGGUAAGAAAAGAGCGUUAUCCGACCCGGAAUCCUGUACCUGUCAGUCUUCCAAUGGAGAUUCAUCAAGCACAACCGAUACACCCAAGAAUAUCACCGGUGUGAUCUCAAUUUUGCUACUUGGUGUUUUCAUUGCGAACGCCGAUGUUUCUCUCGUUCUAGCCACAAGUGGGACAAUAAGCAGUGAAUUUGACCAACUUGGUAACGCAGGAUGGCUAAUUACGUCCUACACGCUUGCCAUGUGUGCAGCACAGUCAUUGUAUGGAAAAUUAAGCGACAUUUAUGGUAGAAAAAGCACAAUCAUCGCUUCUUAUGUUUUCUUCGCGAUUGGCUCUGCUAUAUGUGGACUAGGCCAAACGAUAAUUCAGGUAAUAUGUGGGAGACUCAUUGCAGGCGUUGGUGGAGCGGGCAUAAACUGCCUGGUGGCUAUAGUUAUUGCUGAUAUGGUACCUCUCAGAGAUGUCGCAACGUGGAGGAGUUAUGUCAAUAUCGCUGCUACGUCUGGAAGGAGUCUGGGAGGCCCCAUCGGGGGGUUUCUGACCGAUACUGUUGGCUGGCGUUGGUCUUUCUUGGGACAAUGUCCUCCUACUGUGAUAGCUAUGGGCUUGGUAAUCUGGAAGUUGCAGAUACCACAGAUAGAUCAGACUUCGAGUGUAUCCCAUCUGUCUAAACUUCGGCGGGUCGACUUCCUCGGCGCAAUCCUUCUUUCGAUCUCGAUUGUUUGCGGGCUCAUGAUGCUUGAAAUGGGCGGCCAGAGAGUGAUAUGGACGUCACCGAAAAUCCUCUCACUCCUAGGCAGUUCUCUCAUCGCUGGGAAUUUAUUCAUUCUCGUCGAAGGCUUCUGGGCAAAAGAACCCAUAUUUCCUCUUAGACUGCUACUCAACCGAGAUGUCGUCACUUCAUAUAUCAACUUGGCGUUCCAGACUGGUGCACAAGGAGCUAUGAUGUUGCUAGUACCUUUGUACUUCCAGGUAUCUGCGCAUGCUACCGUCACUAAUGCAGGUGCACAUUUGAUGCCUUCGGUCAUUGGGAAUGCAGCAGGUGGGCUAGUCACGGGUUAUGUCAUAAAAAGAACCGGUCGGUACAAAAUGAUAUCAAUCAUUGGUGCAACGUCUGCGGCCAUCUCGUAUUCGCUCAUGAUCCUUCGCUGGCAUGGGCACACGAAUAUUCUCGAAUCGCUAUACAUUAUCCCUGGAGGAUUCGGCAAUGGUGUCGCAUUAUCAGCUUCCUUUAUCGCACUUACAGCCGGCGUCGAACACCGUCAAAUGGCAAUUGCCAGCUCUGGCCUUUACCUCAGCUCAAACGUGGGCAUGGUUACCGGGUUGAGUGUUGCUGCGUCGAUAUUGCAAAGCACACUGCGUAAACAGCUGCGCAUUGCGUUGGAAGGAAAGAAAAACAGAGAAGAUAUCAUUAAUCGAGCUUUGUCUGAUAUCGAGUAUGUGAAAGGGCUACAUGGGAAGCUGGGUGAGCUGGUGACGAAGGUCUAUGUUGAUUGCCUCGGUUAUACACAUUUUGUUUCGUUAUUCGGGGCUUUAGUAGCACUGAUCGCGGCAAUGUUAAUUCGAGAGCAUCGGUUGUAA